GCCACUCAGGUGGACGACAACUUGCCUUAUCAACAUCCUGUCCAACACAAAGCCGCAAUGAACCCCAUAUCCUAUGUCGCGAACUUUGAAGAUGUCUAUGAUCCACCAAAUGGCUCCAUUGACAGCAAUCUGACCUCCUACAUUGUGGAACCAGGUGUGUUACCGUGCGAGGCCUUGCAGCUGGUUUCAUCUGUAGCGGUGGCCUUGUGUUUGAUACAGAUAGGUAUCUUCCUUUUGGCAAUACCAGGAAAUUUGCUGGUUGGAUUGGUGAUUGCCAGCAAAUGGCAGACCCUGACUCCAUCAGAAAUGUACCUGUUUCACCUGACGGUAGCUGAUGGCUUGUUGGCCCUUACACUACCAUUUUGGGCUGUGUCAGCAAUCCAUGGCUGGAUUUUUGGGGACUUCCUGUGCAAGGCCCUCAACCUUUGCAUCGAAGCAAAUUUCUACACUAGCAUCCUCUUCCUGGCCUGUAUCAGUGUCGAUCGCUAUGUUGUGAUUGUGCAUGCCCAUGAGGCGAAUAAAGAUCGCCACCGGAGUUACAGUCGAGUCGUCUGUGCAUCAGUAUGGGUCCUCGGUUGUGCCCUGGCCUUGCCCGCGCUUUUUAACGAUGCAUUUAAACCAGAGUACGAGUCAAACAGGGUGAUUUGCUACGAGCGCUAUGACAUCGGCAGCGCCAUCUCUUGGAGACUUACAGUCAGAGGGGUCCGCCAUGUUGUGGGCUUCGUGCUCCCACUGGUUGUCAUGGUGACAUGCUACAGCAUCACCAUUGUAAAACUGCUGCAUACUCGUGGCUUCCAGAAGCACCGGGCAAUGCAGGUGAUCGUUGUUGUCGUGUUGGCUUUCCUGCUAUGCUGGACACCGUACCAUUUGGUGCUGAUGACAGAUACACUCUUGAGGGCUGGCAUGGUGACUUUUAACUGUUCCGUGAGAAGAUCGGUGAACUUGGCUCUGCAUGUGACUCACAGCGUGGCCCUGGUCCACAGCUUCGUCAAUCCAGUUCUGUAUGCCUUUGUUGGACAGAAGUUCAGGAAGAACCUUGGACGGCUUAUUCAGAGGAAAAUGAGACAGGAUAGGAACUCAAUGUCCAGAUUCAGCAGGUCUACUUCCCAGACCUCUGAGGGAAAUGGCUCUCUUCUUUGAACAUCCAGCGGACUUCUGCAAAUACUUCCAAUUCAUAUACGUUUUGUUUUCAACCAGUGUGAUUCAUGUUAAACUUGCCUUCCAUCCUUGAUCUCAUAUUGGUUCUACAUGAACAAUGACAAAGUAUUAUGGUAUGCCUUUGUUGGACAGAAGUUCGGGAAGAACCUUGGACGGCUUAUUCAGAGGAAAAUGAGACAGGAUAAGAACUCAAUGUCCAGAUUCAGCAGGUCUACAGCCCAGACCUCUGAGGGAAAGGUCUCUCUUUGAACGUCCAGCGGACUUCUGCAAAUACUUCCAAUUCAUAUAAGUUUUGUUUUAAACCAGUGUGAUUCAUGUUAAACUUGUCUUCCUUCCUUGAUCUCAUAUUCGUUCUACAUGAACAAUGGCAAAGUACGUAUAAUGGUUUCCCAUUACAAAAUGUAAAAUGGGGGUCGAACAAAUAAAGUUUUAA